CCGAAGCAGAGAGAGCGAGGACACCAUGGAAAAGGAAGAGGAAGAGGAAGCAGUGGCACCAAUGGUGAAGUUGGGAUCGUACGGUGGUGAAGUUCGGUUGAUGGUUGGUGGAGAGGAAUCCGCUGCGGAGGAGACCAUGCUUCUUUGGGGUAUUCAGCAACCCACGCUUUCCAAACCCAACGCUUUUGUCUCUCAAUCUUCUCUGCAACUCUCCCUCGACACUUGUGGCCACUCUCUCUCUAUUCUUCAAUCCCCUUCUUCCUUGGGAAAACCUGGAGUGACGGGAGCGGUGAUGUGGGACAGUGGAGUUGUAUUGGGGAAGUUUCUGGAGCAUUCUGUUGACUCAGGGAUGCUUGUCCUUCAGGGAAAGAAGAUUGUUGAGUUGGGAUCUGGUUGUGGAUUGGUCGGUUGUAUUGCAGCCCUCUUGGGUGGUGAAGUCGUUGUUACUGAUCUGCCAGAUAGGCUGAGGCUACUGAGAAAGAACAUUGAGACCAAUAUGAAACAUGUUUCUCUACGCGGUUCUAUAACAGCAACUGAACUCACAUGGGGAGAAGAUCCUGACUCAGAACUCAUUGAUCCCACACCUGAUUUCGUGCUAGGAUCUGAUGUGGUGUACAGUGAGGGGGCAGUUGUGGAUCUGCUAGAGACUCUUAUGCAGCUCUCUGGACCAAAUACAACAAUAUUUUUGGCUGGAGAACUCAGAAAUGAUGUCAUUCUUGAGUACUUCUUAGAAGCUGCAAUGAACAAUUUCACUAUUGGCCGUGUGGAUCAAACACUGUGGCACCCUGAUUAUUGCAGCAAUCGUGUUGUUCUUUAUGUUCUAGUGAAGAAAUAAUUGUUGAGAUUAAUUUUUGAUUGUCUUGUGGAAUGCUGAUAGCAUAAUGUCCAUAAAGUGCAUUAAGAAUGAGAAUUGUGAGUUUUUUUAUCACUAUAUUUUCUUUGUUAACCAAUGAGUAUUUUGUUGUCUUUUAUCUGGAAAA